AAUAUCCUAAAGCGUGUGUCUUUGUGAUGUGUACUCUCAUUUGCGAUAAAAAUAAAGUUUUCAAGAACCCGAACCAUUGUUUAUGAAUAGGUUCCUGACCGUGCAAGUACUGCAGUUUCAGAGAUGGUCGACACGUCGUCUACUUCGAACUCCCAAGUGGACGAAUCCAUUGACAAUCUCAAGGCCGAGGUGGAAUGCCCCAUAUGUCAAAGAGUUCCAAGAAAAGCGCCAGUUUACCAAUGCAAGUUGGGCCAUCUUCUUUGUCAAGAUUGUUAUCCAAAAUGUCAAGCGUGUCCCGUUUGUCGAACGCCAUUGAGCAAGGAGAAAAUCCGUUCAAUCCUGGCAGACAAGAUUUUGAUGCUGGUCCCUAGGCCUUGUGAAUUUAACGAUGAUGGCUGUCAGGAAGAGUUUUUGGGUCCUGAACUAGAUGCACACGAGGCCAAGUGUCGCCACCGAUGGGUGUGUUGUGUGGACAUCGCAUGCGGAUCCGUUUUGCGGUUCCACGCUCUUUUGGACCACACUCAAAAUCUAGAGCUUCAUGCCCAAGAGGAUUUCAGGGACAAUCAAGAGUCUCGCUUUCAGUCAUUUUUGUACGUGAGUGAGGGCAAUUUUCAAAAAGAAUGCAUGUGGGUGUGCGAUCGGUUAAAAAAGUGCGGCUUCCACUUUUAUCGUGAGAGCUACCGAACGGACGACGGAUGUUGGCAAAUUUGGGUGGUUAUGGCGGGUACUCAAGAGGAAGCUAAGAGGUUCCAGGCCACCAUUGAAAUCUUUACCGAGGAUGAAAUCUUGACUCAUGUUGGACCAGUUAAUUAUCUGCCAGAUACCAAAGAAAAGCUUUUAGACUCGGCUCUUGGGCUGCUGUUAACUGACAGGAUAGUCAAACGGUUCUUGCGAAAUGAUCAGCUUCAUUAUCGAAUCACAAUCCGUGAGCAUGAAGAGAUCCAAGUUGAUCCGGACAAUUGGAGUCAAAUCAUGGUGCAGAAAUCCGAGGCCACUUUGCCAAGCGAGCAAGCUACUUUAGAACCAGAAAGUAGAAGACCACCAAGCUCAAAAUCUGGGGGAAGUACAAGGAGAAAGGAAAAGCCUUCAACUCGAAAACAAUGAACAUGAAAUAUGUCUCUUUUUCCAACAAACUGAGGUUAUGCUUCUGUUAAUGAAUAUUGCAGAUUGGACCUGACUUUGAGCUUAAUGUGUCGUGAAUGAAUAAAAAUUAAUGUAUUCACCCAAACUAAAAUUUCUCUCUGCGAGAUCGCUAUUCAUUUUUUGGUGUCGUAUUUGAUGAUAGUGUCCUUCCCAGUACAGAUUUAAUUCACCGGAUGAGCGUUAAACGUU